AUGCGACGCACGUUAUCAGUGUUAAAGCAGCCUCUCGAGACGCUGGGGCUAAACCCCGCGGUGCGGUAUAGCGAAAAUGAGAUACGAGAUGCCUUCCGGGCUCGUGCGAUGACGCUGCAUCCAGAUGUGGGAGGGGAUCCGGAGCAUUUCAAGGAGUUACGCCACGCGUACGAGUCUUUAACCGGCCAAUUUGGAAAGGCCGAGGAUCCAGGCGUGGGUUCGAGCCGACCUGGGCCGAAUUCCAACCCAAAGCAACGCUACCCCACACGAGUGUCGAGAUUGCGGCUUCAUGUGUUCUAUGAGUAUCGCUCUCACGCCAUCCUAUCGCCAAUCCGAAACCGCGGGAUUUUCUUCCGUUCUUGCGAGAACUUUCGUCGAGCGGUACGGCGAUAUUUGUAUGAGCUACCCUUGUCGAGGAUGUCCACGCGCGGGUUGUAUUUGCUUCGGCGUUUUAAUUUUCACCAUCCCAUGGGCCGAGCGCUUGCCGAAGACGAUGUAACCGCGGCCAACCGCCUUACUCGGCUCGCGAUCUCCUGGUGUAUCGUUCGUUAUCGAUUGCUGUGGAUAUGUGUCGCUUAUUUUGUGGUUUGCUAUGUGCUUUACCAAGAGCCAGAAGGCUCUAGCACAAGCAAACCGACACUCCGGCAAAAUUAG